AUGACACUCCUGGGCAUGUCAGGCCCGGCCCUCACGACCCGCCUGACACGACCCCCCGCCUUCCUCGCCGCCCCUCUCCCCUACCUACUCCAACCCCGCCGCACCGCCGUCAUCCUCGUGCAUUUCGAGAACACCGAGAUUACUAAGACCAGACUGACAUUUAGAGGACGAGGGGGACGCGCCCGCCUCCUCGCCGCCGGGAUCUUUUGUGUUUCAGGGGAGGAAUGCGAGGGCAAGGAGCCUGGCGUGGACGGGGAAGUUGGAGACUCCCCAAGCUCCAGUCCCAGACACCGCAGGGACAGUGGGAGCGUGGCCUCACGGGAAGGACUUUCCCCCAAGAUGUCUCCACGGCACUCCCCGCGGGAGUCCCUCAACUCGUCUCCAGCCCACAUGGCCUCUCCGCGCGCCACACCGCCGGCCCUGCGCCCGCUGAUCUCUUCACCCUCGUUUAUGCGAGGAUCAGACAACGAGGCCGACAUUCUCGACUUCUCGCUACGACGUUCUCCGGCGUUCAACAGGGAUGACCAACUCAGCAUGUCAGCCAGGUCUUCUCUGGCAGGGUCACCACCCCCGGGUCUCCACCGGCUAGGAGACUCUCCCCUGGAUCUGUCAGUCCCACGCAAGAGGGCUGCUGACGCUCUUCUAGAGGCAGCGCAGGGGAAAAUGCACCAUGAUUUGGCCAAGGGUCUCAGCAGCUGGGGCAUCUCUCUGCCGCCCCACAUUGCCUCAGCCAUGGCUCUGAGGCCUGAUCUGGCAGCGCUGAAGCCUGAGCUGGCUCUCUGGAAUGGUAAACUUAAAGGUGACGGUAUAUCAACGAAGCUUCCGCCGUUCCCUAUGGGUCCUGUACCGCCCACUCACUCCGAAGGUUCAAGGGCCUUAGAACGAAUGAGUGAGCUCAGUAAGCUCGGCGGUGACGGUGGACUAGAUCUGUUUCGUGGUGGCUUGGGAGGCAGUUCUGGACGUGCAACGGCCUGGCAGAGUCACUGGCUAAGCAAGGGGCAGGACGCCACGAAGGAUGUCCUAAAGUGCGUGUGGUGCAAAGCUUCAUUCAACACACUGGCAGAACUCACCACCCACAUGAAGGAGGCCAAGCACUGUGGUGUCAACCUGCCGCCCCCCAUCCCACCUCCUUCAUCCAGCUCCUCCUCGAUCCACACCCACCUUCCUCCUCAGUACACACCCAGCAAGCCGCCCUCCUCCAAGCCACUCUCCUCCUCCUCCUCCUCCUCUAUCGCGUCUGGCUCGUCUUCAUCUAAUGAUCUGAUGUCAAGCAUCAAGGAGACAAUGCCUCUGCCGCGGAAGCUCGUGCGAGGCCAAGACGUAUGGCUGGGCAAGGGCGCAGAGCAAACCCGCCAGAUAUUGAAAUGCAUGUGGUGCGGCCAAAGCUUUAAAUCGCUGGCCGACAUGACACAGCACAUGCAGCAGACACAACAUUACACGAACAUUAUCUCACAGGAGCAGAUAAUUUCGUGGAAGUCGCCUGAAGACAAGACUCCCAGCCAGAGCCACGUGAACGCCGUGCUGACCUGCAAAGUGUGUGACCAGGCGUUCGCUUCCCUGAAGGAACUAAGUAACCAUAUGGUGAAGAACGCCCAUUACAAGGAGCACAUCAUGCGCUCCAUCACUGAGUCAGGAGCUCGGCGGAGACAGACACGGGAGAAGCGCAAAAAAUCACUGCCAGUGCGCAAGCUGCUUGAACUUGAGAGAGCCCAGCAGGAGAUGCGGUCCUCGGGUGACCCCGGACGGGGCCUGAAGGAGCAAGCCGGAUCGGGCCGCAUCUCAUGCGAAAAAUGUGGAGACAAAAUAGAAACUUCCCUAUUCGUGGACCACAUCCGUAACUGUGUCGGUGCUUCUUCUCGUGACCUGCUUAAGUCAGCGCUUCUCUCCCCAGACAGUGACUACAGCAACAAACUUGACUCUGCCCCUGAAACUGACAGCGAAGGCAAGAAAACCCCAGAGAAAACCCCGCGUGACAGCCCCAGAGAAAAAGACUUUGAAAAGGCCAAAGGUCGUGGUGCAUCUGAGUCACCUUCGGUUUUGAAUGCCCUCGAAAAACUGAUUGAAAAAAGUUUUGACUCUGGAAAGGCAAAGACCGGCGCUGGACCGCUAGGCUCGAGCAUCCUCCGCCGGCUCGGGAUCGACGAGAGCGCCGACUAUUCCAAGCCCCUGAUGGAUCCACAGCUGAUGGGCAUGUACGCAACCUUCUCCCGCCUGCAAGGUGGUCCCCCCCAUGGAGCAGGAGCUCCAUCAACCUUCAAUCUCCCACCAUCAUUCGGUUCUAGUGACAGAGGUGGAGGGCUACGAGGCUUAAGUGACUCCAUGAUGAGCCCAGGUGCAGAUUCUGACACCCGGGACACAUUCCCGCGAUCACCGUCGCGGCCCGGGUCACGUCCUGCCUCGACUGGCUCGAUAACACGAGAUGGCAGUGGCAGCGAGCGGUCCUUGGAGUUGCUGAGGCCUGACAGCCACCGAGCCAUCACCCCAGAAGAAAUUGCGCCCACUGAGAAUGGUGCUGACCACUCCGAUAAUGAACAGGAGAGUCUUUGUGGCAGAGAGGAGGUGAAGCGGGAGUUGCCCGAGAUAAAUGGAGAAAUAAGUGACCGCGAAUCUGUGUCGGCCAGGGAGGAAAUUAGAGUCAAGGAAGAAAUACGGGUGAAAGACGAAUUCAAAGUGAAAGAAGAAGAAAUACGGGUGAAAGAUGAAUUUAAAAUGAAAGAUGAAGGGGAUGAGGAAGAGGAGCAAGAACUCACCCCAGACCCUGGACGUGAAUCUCCAACUGGCCGGCUGAUGGGGUCACCCGCAGGCUGCAGCAGCAGGUCUGAAACUCCUCAUUCCGAAACCAGUGUGGGAGGACGCUCUGGUUCAGGCCUCGGAGCGGGCGGACUUGGUGGUCUGUCGGCGCUUCUUGGGGGAGGCGGGGAGGGCACCUCAUCGCAUCCUCUGGCGGCGCUCCAGAAGUUGUGCGACAAGACGGAAACUCAGCCACGUGCGCCGCCAGUCAGUGGAACAACAACUGGCCCUCAGACAAACCCUGGAGCAAUCUUGGCUUUUUCUUGGGCGUGUAAUGAUGCAGUGACAGCGGACAGCAUCAUGAAGUGCGCUUUUUGUGACACUCCUUUCAUUAGCAAGGGGGCCUACCGGCAUCAUCUGUCAAAAAUGCACUUUGUGAAAGAUGGUGUUAUUCCCGAAAACGCAGCUGGAAAACCGAACAGCAACAAGCCUCCCCCAGCUACAAGCAAGUCGGCCACGCCUCCAGCGCCUCCUGUGGAUGAGUCGCCACACUCCAAGUUCCUGAAGUACACGGAGCUGGCCAAGCAGCUGUCCAGCAAGUAGUGCAGGCCGCUGCCCUGGGGUGGCUUCUCUUCCCCCCAAACCUCCACCCGCGCCCGCCAAAGACCCCCCCGCCCCUGCCCGCCCCGUGUACAGUGAGGCGUGGCUCGUGUGUACAGUGUAACUAUUUAUCCUUCGUGAGAGCUUGGUGGCCCCUGUAGUCUUGUGAUACCUGGCAGUUUGGAGGCGGCGGCGGCCGGGGUCCCCUCAUAUCACCCGCCUCCCGGGACUGUCGCUACCGGUGGGCGCUGCUCCCGUCCCCCGCCCGCAGGAAAGACACGUGCCAACAAUCAAAACAACCCGCAGAGUACAAAGUGUGUGUUGUGGGCGGGCUGGGUUGUGGCCACGCCCGUAGUAGCGAGGGAGCCCGCGCCCACAGCCGGCCCGGUCCCCGCGGUGCCAGGGCCCUGCAGGCGGCCGCGGGAGGGCGCGGCGCCCUUGUCCCCCCGGCACGCCCUCGCCUCAUGCUGUGUAUCUUCACACCACCCGCGACGAUGUGAUCGUCCCGGGCCGUCGCAAACUCUUAAUCGCUCACACUUGCUGUCACUUUUUUCACAUAGUUAUUAAUAUAUAGACAGUAUAAGAUUUAAGCUGACAAGGCAAUGAUCAAAUUGAUUGUUGAUAAUUAUUUGAAAACAUCAAUGAUGUAACAGUAUCAUUCUUUUUACAAUAUCCUGUCUUUGACUUGCUGAAAGUGAUCUCAAUGCUUUUAUCCCUAGUGUAAAAAUGCGCCUGACCAACGCACGGACUGGCGAGGUUCGAGACACACCAGUCGGGCCUCGUCCGGCGCGCCGAGCAGCGUCGCCAUCCCCCCUCCCCUCCCUCCCAGCACACACACACACACACACACACACACACACACACACACACACACAUAAAAUAUAUAAGCAUCACUGAGAAGUCACGUGCACAAUCGAUCAGUUUCCUUUCAUGUGAAGCUCUGCAGUUCAUCCCACUCACAACGCACCUCAGGAGUCACGGCAGGUCAGCACUUGGGUUGGGCCGGUUCCUCUGCACCCGGGAGCGGUGAUCCCGCUGCCGGGCAGCAUCCCUCCUUGCUCCCACCCUCUUGCCUGGCCUGCCUCCUGAGGAUGCGAGUCUUUUCAUUAUUCAGUCAACCUCUCAUAUCGUAGUGAUGCUCCAGAGGGAUUUAGUCUGUCAAGGUUUGCUAUUUUAUCUCGCCCUUAAUGUGUAUUCAGCUUUUUAGCGUGUCGAUUAUGGUUGAAAAUCCAAUGCGAGAGUGUUAAAAGCUCCGCCGCGACCCUAGCCACGCCCUUCUUUGCAGACGCACCAGAUAACUCACCCCUAAUGAGAUACCGCCUAUCUGAAAUGAGUUCUACGAUUCGAGUCGCGAGCACAGUUUCAGAGUCAAGCCAAAUAGACAUGUUGCCCAUCAAUCAUGAAGGUCUGAUGAUCGCCCAGUCCAUCACCGCACCGCGACACCCCAACACGGGCGCCGUCCCGGCCCUCCCCACUGACGAAAGUUCACCGUGGCAUUAGUGAAGUCAUGACUGGCGUCUCAAUGUCAUUUGGAGGUUGUGAAAUGUUCCUUGAAUGGCUGAGAUAUAUACACGCACCACAACUCUUAACGACCAUGUCUUGCCUCGCACUUCUGUACCGUUAACUCAAAGUAACACUAAUCCCUAAUUUACUCCUGUCAACGUCUUGGUGGGCCUCGCCGCGCCGGGGCGAGUUUCAGAAAGUCUCUGUCAAAUAUUCCUCCUAUAGAUUGGAGUCUUAGAAAUAAUGUUAGGAAAGAGUCAUUAUGACGAAACCAAGAUGCUGUCCCUUCGCGGUAACAGAAUUUCUGGUGUGUGUGUGUGUGUGUGUGUGUGUGUGUGUGUGUGUGUGUGUGUGUGUGUUGUGUGUAUACGUACAUACAUACAUACCUGCAUAUAUAUUGUGAUUUUUUACAUUUAUUUAUUUGUUUUUCACUUAGAACCUCUAUUUCUUGAGAACGUAGGACAGAAUCCUCGAGCUCCGCUUUAGCACGCGUGAUCCAUUGUAUCUGGGUGACCAACAGAACUCCUCAUGGGUAGAUUUUAAUGAAAUUUCGCCAUCCAUUUAUCGCCGCAAGGAUGACAUAUCGCUUUCCUGCGGAAAGAGUUAAUGUCAUUUGAGAGAGAGAGAGAGAGAGAGAGAGAGAGAGAGAGAGAGAGAGAGAGAGAGAGAGAGAGAGAGAGAGAGAGAGAGAGAGAGAGAGAGAGAGAGAGAGAGAGAGAGAGAGAGAGAGAGAGAGAGAGAGAGAGAGAGAGAGAGAGAGAGUGGGACGAUACUGUAGAAAAGAGCUGGAAGGUAGCUGAGCAGAGAGGAGCUGAAAGACUACCCAGAGUUGUGUUCUGGGUCUGAGCGACACACACACACACACACACACACACACACACACACACACACACACACACACACAUUGUACGUAGCCCCCACACCCUUCCUAUCCCAUGCUGUGCUAGUUAUCAUGUAAAAUUGCACUUGAUAUUAAAGUAUGAAGUGGUUGUAAACUAAUAUUUUUGUAUAAUAAUUUGUUAUUUACGUGAGACGGGACUGACUGCCCUGAGUUGUUGAUAUUGGUCAGAAUACUUAGCGUGGCCUGUUGUGUACUUAACGCCCGCGCGACGCUGCUCGGCGCCGAGGCCAAGGUUCCGCCCCUCCGGGAGGAGCCUCGUCGUCGUGGUGGGAGCUGGAGGCCUCCGGCGCAGCGCGUUAUUCCCUGUAAAAGGAGAUUUUGACAGUCCAUACUUGAGUGUCCAAGUGCCAAUUCAACUUUCAUUAAAUAUACGUAAUAUGGAAUUUCUAUUGACUUUAAUGGGGUCUUUCCCUGAAAUAUGAACCUUUAAUAAUUGAUCUGUGUAUAUCUCGCUAGAAUUGGACCUAAUCCUGAUACUAUUUCUAUGAUAUUUAUGUUCUACUCAAGCUUAAAACUUCAGAUCAAAGAUCUGAUACAUAAUUAAGAACUCUCCUUUGCCAAACUACAAGUGAUCUUGAAUCAGGUUAUUAUUUAAGUUCUCUCUCUUGUAUCAGUUUAACUUUCUAUAAUUUUCUGAAGCUUAGCCGAAUAAGACCCAUCUCCCUCUGAAUCAUUCCUGUACACCCCAGUGAGAUACUACGAUAAGCGUUGCUACACUGGCCCGGCCGUGGGGCAGUGUACACACGACCCCCACAACCUCCUCCUCUGUACACUGAAGUUCAUCGAGGAUAAACUAGUAUUUCAAGUGCUCAUGAUUCACUUCUUGUGUACAAUCACUAAUGUAAACAAAAUUUGAUUACAUUACGUAACUUGCGUAACCCAAAACACUGUGUGGUAAUUGUGAAUAGCCUUGAUGGACUUAUUUGCAUUUUUUUUUUUAUUUGUGUCUGUGUGCGUGGCGAGGGGGCGUCCCAGCCGGCCCUCCUCCCGCCCUCUGCUAGGAACUUGUAUACCAGCAGUGCCCGCCCUGGACACUGCCCUCUGUGCUGGCUACUGAGUUCAUUGUUUUUUGUACAGUUCAAGUACCCUAUUUGUAAAUUAUUGCGUUUUUUCCUCUCUUGAGCUUCCAGUUGUAAAGUUACAAUAAAUAAAAAUAAAGUAUCUGGAGUGGACUCAAGUUUAUUCCUUUAUUCGUCCUUGCCAAGGCAAGCACACUGACUGGUGACGGGGUGGUGGAGGUGCACGAGGUGCUCUAACGAGGCGGAAUGGUGUUUAUGAAGGCCAAUGUAGAGGACGGAGAGAGGGUAAGUAUUUUCAGCAUUGGCAGUCAAGAGGGCCGAACACUAACAUCAAAAUGUAUAGAAAUGUUUGAAACUAAACACUAGCAUCCCAUGACUCCAGAACAGUAAGAUUAUGUGUGUUUCCUAUCUGGCAACACAAGUCACCUGAACAAGUCCCUGUUGGGAGGUAACUUAUUUUAUCAUGCACCUCGAUGACAAAAUAAAUGUAUAUCUAGUAAAAUAUUACUUUCCUCGGAACUGUAUAAUUGAAAUCAAACUCUGAUAGUCAUAUAUGGAAAAAAUUAAACAAAAUAUCAGUGAAAAAUAAUAUAUUGGCAACUCUCUGCGUUCGUCAUUUGUCUGAGGCUCCUCCACUGCCACACACGCCUUGGCCGGGACAGCGGACGCCGCAGCUGCCGGACACAGAGGUAGUUUCCUACAUCUCGGAUACUUCACGCCCUCAUGGUCCUGCCUGGGAUCCCCUUGGCACACCGAGCCUGUGUUGACGGUGCUGGCGGGCCUUGUGUUGUGAAAGAGACGGUGAGUGGUGACGUGGUGACGGAGGACGUCAAGCAGAUCCUAUAUGGAGAAAAGUUUCUUGGAAGGGUGCAUGCAAGAGAGUGACCCUGCCUUCACGCUGGAGGAAAGAGUCUGGAAGUCAGGGUGACACACUCGCUGCAGGCUGUAGUACGCGUUGUUAGUGGGGAAAUAAAACCAAGAACAUUUAUCACCUGUACUCUCCAGUGGUGCCAGAAUGUUUCUCCAAUGAACGCUUAAGGAGGCAGCAAAAACGAACACCACGAUGACUCCUCGUGGACUUGUUUCCUCCAGCGUCAAUGAAGAAUCGUCGUCGUGUUGCCUCCUCGCAUCCCAUAGCGUUCAUGAGGAGUCGUCACAUUUAGUCAAUGGAAAAGUCCUCAGUGUUUUACUUCCCCGGUACCAACGCCUACUACAUACAGCAAAGUUUACCCUGACUGCCUAUCUCUUUCCUCCAGUAUGAGUGGGCAGUGUGUCGCUGUGGUCCUUGAAAGAAGUCUCCGGCGUCCUCAGCGUUCUGGCAGCCCUUCUCUACUAUCGUCAUGCGACCUUCCACGUCAUCUGAGUCUGCGGGGAGAAACUCAUCAACGUCACUGAUGCUUUAAUAAAAAGAAUUGAGAA